UUGGUAAUUUUUUCUUUGUUUUGGUAAUUUUGAUGACGCUCAUUUAGUAAUUGGCUUCGAAAGAAAAUUUGCUCCCACCGCGCUUCGUAUAAAAACUUCGAAAAACUACAAAACAUGGAGACAGUCACCGCAUCUUCUCCUCAGAUCAACUUUGCCCAGCAAGGCACUGUAGCGGCGACGGCACAGACAACAACUGUGAGCCAUCCUACAGCCGUGAAUCUUAUCGCACAAGACCAAAACAAAAGCCUCACGUACAUUGUGGAUCCAAGUCAAGCACAACACAUACAAAUGUUUGCUCCCGAUCAACGCUUUGUUGCGAAUUCUGUUGAAUACAAUCCUGUGACUGGAACAUUAACAACAAGCGCUCUCCCAAAUGGCAACCCACAGCUGACAGUUCCCCUUGCCGCACAGCGACUGCCGGUUGCUAUGGAAACCUUAGAUGAGCCUUUGUACGUAAAUGCCAAGCAGUAUCACAGAAUUAUAAAACGUCGUCAGGCAAGAGCGAAACUCGAAGCGGAAGGCAAAAUCCCAAAACAAAGAAAGAAAUAUUUGCAUGAGUCUCGACACAUGCAUGCAUGUCGUCGCAAGAGAAGUGAUGGUGGUAGGUUUGUUACAAAACCUGGUGACCUUUUGAAUAUGUCCGGCUUACAUAAUGAUCCCUCGACAAUUGAUCUAACAAAUCAGAACAGAACAGAAAGUCAACCACUUGCAGUGGCCAAUAUGCAGGUACCAGUGACAACGGCAGCUCUUCAGUCACAAGUGACAGCUGCUGAACAAGUAUUGAUACCAAACCCAAACACAUAAGUUGAUGAACAUUGGUAAUAAAUGUAUAUAUUGAUGAUAUAUUUAAGAGUCUUAUUGUAAGAGCAAUGCUUCUGAGGAGUACAAAAGGUUGUCAUAGUUAAGGAAUAAUAAUAUCACAAGUGAACUUUCAUUGUGUUCUUGCCAGUUCUCUACAGGAAGGCAUUGGGUAGAAACAUUUGUUGAAGACUCAGAAACAUUUAUUAUAUGGAACAUAUUAUAAUUAUAAGCUUAUAUCUUUUCUGAGAGCUUUCUCAAUAAUAAUAAUAGUGGGGACAGAGUAGAGAUGAUGCAGAGAUGUAAUGCACUAACCAAUAACCAAUAUUUGAUGCUGGUGUCCAAUAUUUUGGCUGCUGUUGUGUUGAACAACCAUCUAUGCGAGAAACUAGCAUACUACACGAGUCACUCACCCUUGAGUCACUCAGGAAUUUUCUUUCUUUCAGAACAUUUUCUUUACAUCUCUGUAUCAUCUCUCCUCUGUGAUGGCCAUAGAACUAAAUUGGGGAUGUAGAAACUCUCCUUCCAGCCAGUAUACCAUUGAUUAGUACCAUUGAAACACCACUACUGCAUGAUCAGUUACCAGCAAGAUCUUUUCAUAUUACGGUUCAUAUCAAAGUUUACUUUGGUGUGUAAUAUUGCCUUAUCAGAUCAAUGUAUUAUAAAUGUAAAGUAUUCAUAAAACGUUCAGUUAUAUUAAGUGAAAAAUAAGACCAACUAUUAUGUGAGAUACAUCUGAGGUAAAACAAUAUUAAUAAUUCCAGGUUAAACCACAGGCACAGCGUGUCUGUCGUCGUACCCAGUCCCCAGCCUAGACACUAGGCCUUUAGACCUAUUUCUCUCUGUUUUACACUCAAGAAGACUACGAAUAAAACAUACUUGCGGAGAGAUGCAUACGACUGCGCUAGACCUUCUGCACAUCCUAUACUGCUGGGAAAACUGAGUGAACGUGGACACUCCCUACUUGCAGUCUGCCAGCCUGCGUGACAAAGACGCCCCCGAUUAAAAAUUGGGCAGCAACCCCCCCCUCCUCAAUUAAAAUUAAUUGCCUGAUAAACGCCUGGAGGUUAACCCCGAAAUGUCUAAACUAAAUCAAGUCUUUCCAUAACACCACUCUUUAUUA